AUGCUCGCGGUUAUGUUCUCAUGGCAUGUGAUCGGUGCCGCGCGCGAAAGAUCACCAAUUCUACAGCUCAAAUGCAACGGAAACAAGAACGGUUGCGAAAGGUGCCAAUCUAUGUCCCCACAAAGCAUCUGCACCUACACAAGGACCAGCCGGACUACAGCAGAUCGGAAAAGGUCGUACCUGCAAUCUAUGCCACUGACACCAGAAGAGCGCUGCUUUCCAGAGGAAAAACGAUCAAGAAAUCUUCAGAAAUCGAUAGGAAAUGAUAUCGAUGAUAUCGCGGCUCAUCGCGGGCUUGACUCCCCCAACUCAUCACCAUUUACAACCGCCGGUGUCGAGAACACACCACACCCGGAGUCCUCUUCUCUUUUCUCGGAACUUUCGUGGGAAACAGUGCUCGAUGAUUUUCUUGGGUCAGACGAAUCAGACCAGAUCUCGGCGAGCCCAUUACAGCAUGGACUGGUUGCAGAAAGGGGCUUUCCGUACGCGGCGGAAUCUCAUACCCUCAAUCUUCCGUUGACUGCAAACGUAGUCUGGCACUGCGAUGCAGGAAUUACUAUUCAUGACUCCCAGACCCAAGAUCAGAUGAUACCUGAAGGCGACGGAGGUUCUAGAAACACAGAUCUUACUGACAGCCAAGCGAUAAUAGAUGCGGACAGCAAGACCCAUUGCAGCUGUCUCGACACUAUGGUGCGGCUGCUGGAAGACGUGGAUGUAAAUACGAACUAUGACAGAGAGCGGUUUGAGUUCGAUACGAGUCUCAUGUGCAUGGCUCAGGGAACUAAGACAUGUUCUGGGUUGCUGACGUGCGCCCACUGCAACGCGUGCGUUGACCACGCUAUGCUCGUUGCAAGCAUUGCGCAACAGCUUGGUACCUUGGCCAAAAAACUCUCAGAUAGGCUGGUCCAAACAUAUCCUUCGGAAGGGACACUGGACCAGCAACGACACUGCUGUAAUCUCCUCCGGACUUCAAAGCCACUCUCUGUUGAUGGAAAGGAGAGGCAACGGGAAGACGCUAUGAUGCCGGAGCACAUGGGGAUUUCUCUGGGGCGGUACAAAAUCGAGUCGCCUCAGGUCAAUUUUCGUCUUGUAUCUGAACUGCUGUUCCUGUACCUGAUGGAAUUCCAAACUCUGCUGGCAACCAUGAAAGCACGCAUCGCGCCAGAACGAGGGGCCUGGCGGUUGGUCGACCAAGCUGAGAAUAUGAUCGCAAAGCGUCGCCGGAUAGUCGAGCAAUUGAAAAUAUGA